AUGGCCAGUCUCAUCGCCAAGUGGGUCAGCAAGAAGAUUCUUGCUGAGAAGGUUGAAAACAAAUUUGGCCGCGAGGACCCUUAUUUUGAAAGUGUCCCCGCCACCAGGCUUGAUGGUACACCCAACGGCAAGGUCAAGAAGCGCAGAAAGGCCUUGCCGCCUGGUCUUUCCAAGCAAGAUGGCGAGGUUUUGACCAAAGUCAAGAGAAGAGCCUACCGUCUCGAUCAGUCGCUUUUCAGCUGCUGUGGUGUGAAAUUUGGAUGGGGUAGCGUCAUCGGCUUAGUUCCUGCUGUUGGUGAUGUUCUCGAUGCUUUCAUGGCCAUGAUGGUGUUCAGAACCUGCUCUAAGGUCGAAGGUGGACUCCCAAAUUCAGUCAAAUCCCAGAUGAUGUUCAACAUCAUUGUCGAUUUCGUCAUUGGCCUGGUGCCAUUCGUGGGCGACAUCGCCGAUGCUGCUUUUCGCGCCAACACCAAGAACGCCAUUCUUCUCGAGGAGCAUCUUCGCGAGAAGGGAAAGAAGAACCUGAAGCGUAGCGGAGCUCCCAUUCCUGCUAUUGACCCGAGUGAGGCAGAUGAAUGGGAUCGCUUGCAAGGCGACCGCACCCCGCCCGAAUACGUCAGCCGUGAGCCUUCUCGCAAUGGACACAUGUCAGCAGGCCGCCAUGAACGCGCUCCAACUGCUCCAGCCGCCGCUGCAGUCAAAGAGGAGCGUUCCGGCGGCCGAGGCUGGUUCGGUUUUGGAGGCCGCCCGAGGGUUGAUGACGACGUUGAGGCGGCUCGCGAUCCCAGAGACAGACCUGCUCGUCAAUCGCGUCGCUGA